AUGCUUGGAGCCAACCCUAGCCUGAUCCAACCGGGCCCUGCAAGACAGACAAUUCGCACGCCUUUGGUGCUCAUACAUGACGGCAGCGGCCUCAUAUUCAGUUAUUUCUGGCUGGGGCCACUAGGCCGCGCAGUGUACGGCAUCUACAACCCGAAUUUUGAGUCCGGCGGGAACUGGGAGGGCGGGCUUCGCCAGAUGGCCCAAGCCUAUGUACCCCUUAUCAAAUCUGUGGUGCCUUCGGGCAAGGUCCUCAUCGGGGGUUGGUCUCUCGGAGGCUUGCUGGCUCUCGAAAUCGCACACUUGCUCGCCCAAGAUGACGAUGUCGCGGUAUCGGGCCUCCUUCUUUUGGAUACCGCUUACCCCAAGUUCAACACGGCGGAUGAGAUCACGACGCGCGACCACUUUGAACUUCCCUCGUCAAGUCCCAAUGCAUCGCUUGGACUUCAAGUGCAAGAAGCCUUUCGCAAUGCCCGGCGGAUGAUUGACGAAUGGGACCCCCCAACCUGGGGCGACAAGGACAUACUUCCACGACCAGCCAUCCUCCUCAAGGCAACCGACUACGUGUUGGGUCAGGGCGAAGAAGUGGCCACAGUCGACAUCGCCCGCCAGACCCAGCGGCUCGGAUGGGAUGAAUACCAGCACAAGUUCAUCAGGGUGGUGCUGAGUAUCGCUGGUCACCACUUCAAUAUCUUUGCUGAGGACAAGGUAAGAUAUGAUCCCAUAAGAAUGUGUGAUGGCAGAACAUUUAAAGUUUCAUUUACUGAGAAAGAAGUCACCCCAGGUCCAGGAGUUUACUAG